AUGACUGCCGGACUAAUGAUAGAAGUGGAAUGCCAAAAUCAUCUAGCAAUGACUCCACUUCACUUUGGUCAUUCCGCAAUUCACGGUUGUAGGCAAAUAUCAAAAGCCUUUCCACAACAUCUGACCACCUGUUUGCUCAAGAUGAAUGUCAACAUGGAGCGAACAAGCUUUACGAGCUUGCUGGACGCUCAGUUUUGCGGAGGGUUGCAAGUCCAGCAACAGACACUCUUGCAAACACAAGCGACUCCAACAUUUAGCAUGCAAGGCAUGAUGCCGCAGUUGCACGCCGUGGGACCGCCGCAGUGUAUGAAACAGCAGUCAGCACAACAAGUGCCUGUUUUAGCCCCGGGUUCGCAUGAGCUGCCAACAGACCAAGCUAUUCCUAACAUUCUGCAAAGCAUGUUCAAUCGGAAAGACAACUCCCGGCUUAACCCCUCCAGCGCGGAAACGUCCUUGAUGUCCCUCGUGGACGGCAAUCUUCGCGUAUCUUCAAUUGCAAAUCUUCCGAUCUUCCUUAAAAUCCUUCCGCGUUGUAAAACUGAGCCGGAACAGACUCUUGGACUUGUAGUGCUUCGAGCUACCUCUACCGCUAACGAUGCCAAGCUGUCUAAUGCUUGUGCACGUGCAUUUGAGAAGAAUGGCGGACUAAGCCUAGCACGUGCUUGGGUCGAAUCUUCAGUGUCUUGGCAACACAACGAUUUGCUGAUUUUACUUUUAGAAGUGUUGCAGACUUUAUCAUUGCAAUUAACUAGUAUUACUGAGGCACGAAUCAAUGAACCAAUUGUCAAGUUGCGCAAGAAUGCAAGUGACGAGCGUGUAAAGCGUGCAGCUCAAGACCUUCUAAAGCACUGGCGGAGCAAGUUUACUGAGAAAGAGCGGGUAUCAAUGUCGUUGUCCACUGCACCAUCAGGAAAGAAGGCUCAGGAAAAUUUAAGAAAAUCCCUAUCGCCGACUGCUGCGGCGAAGUCUUCCCCUUCGACGAAUCAAGGUUCUGCCAAGCUGGUGCCGUCAAAGCAGUCGAAGGUCUUGAAGAAGCGGUCUAUUAAGCGGUUAGAGCGUUUACCUUUCGGUGGUGGUAGUGUAUCAAAAUCCAGUGAUUUGAUUGGCAGCCUCAUCCAAUGUAAGUCAGCAAAAGAUGCAGCCAUUGCUGCUGCUACUCAAAAACCUGAAAACACUGGAAGUCUCGACGAAUCGAGUGAUGCCAAGCUGGAUCAAGAUAAAGAAUUUUCGACUAGUAAACAGUCAACUACGACAAGCGUUGGCGAAGAUCCCCUAUCGAUGCCACUUCCGACUAUCCAAAGCUUCAAAUUAGCUUCAACGUCGACUGUUUCAUCAAAAGAGCGCAAAAAGAUUCGCUGGGCCGAUGAUAAUGGCGCUGAGCUGGUUAAGGUGAAGCUGAUCGAGUCAUGGAGAGACUUAGUACCACUUGAUCCCCGUCACGACGACCACUCCUUUAUGGACGCCAAAAUACGUGAACAUGCCAACGAAAGAAAUGCAUUGCUUGCGCAGCAUCGCCGAGUGCCACCAGCCGUUGCAGCUUCCUUGUCCCGCGAAUGGACUACGCCUGCGGUUAUAAGUCUGCCACAAGCAUUGGCUGCUCGAGUAAAUGUGAUCACUGCGACGGACGAAAUGCGCGUUCAAGAUAGUCGCCGUCGUCACCAGGAUGAGUAUGAGGUAUUGGCCGGCGAAGUGCCAAUUUCAAGCCCUAAAGAAUGGGAACGCCUUGACGAGCCUCACCGGGGGCCACCAGUCGAAAUCCCACUCAGCGAUGCAGUCGAGACUGAGCCUAGCGUCUUGCCAAUCCCGAAAAGUACACCAUUGAUGGCACCUCCAGCUUCUGUUGCUUCUAGUUUUGGUCGGGAAGUGUACUCUUCUGGAAGGUAUAGCCAAGCUCAAAGCUAUGAUUUUAUUGAUCGAGUUGAAUUUAAUGGGCGUCAAACUUCCGAUGCGGAGCGCAAGCUGCGUGAAGCGCUGGGCCCAUUGCAAGAAAACACGGUGUUACUUUUACUGAACAAUCCAGAUGUGGUACCUCAGGUGCUCGAAGAGGCGCAGCGUCACGGCAAUCGUGUUCCAGAUGCUCGCGUUUUUGAAAUUGUCGAACAUUAUCGUCGCGGGCGCUUCCAAGCUCCUCCUAGUGCAGGUGCCACGCAAGCAUUUAGUCCUUUUCAUAGUCAACUACACCUCCAAUAUGGUGUUGGUAUGAGUACUGGUGUGGGCUUUGAUCGUCAGUACCAGCAGUAUCCGCCACAGCAAGGUCCUCCAGGACACUUUUUGCCUGGAAAACGAAAAGCGGAUGCAAUGUCCUUGUCUCAGAAUGGCGUAAUAUCCGAUGCACUGCAAUCUUUCAAGAGACCUAUAAAGAAGCGAGGCACGCAGCCCUGCAGAUUUUUUGCUUUACCUAUGGGUUGCAAGCAUGGUAGUAACUGCCACUACGCACAUAAUCAAACGGCAGCAGGUAAUGGGCCUGCCCUUAAUGGUAUUUAUAACAACAACAACAAUGGCACCUUGGGGAUGGGAGGUCGGCCAAUGAUCGGCGUCCGUGGUCCCGGUCUAAUUGAUCGAUUUAGUGCCGGCUAUAACCACCACAUGCGUGGAGGGCGGUGA